CAUACACCUAACAUUUAGACCCCAUAUAACUAAGAAUUUUUGUAGUCAUUUUGUUCCACUAUAGAUCUCGUCGGUAUAAAGUUUUGAAAAGGAUCUUUACAAAUCGGAUAUUUAACUCUAUUUUUCGGUCUGUUUCCCCCGCACAAAUUUUGUAUGAUAUUGAUUUUUCCGUAGUUUUUAUAUGUUUAAUCAUUGAAAUAUCCUGAUUUAUCAACCCCAUUCCCAUACACAUAUCCUUCAUUCUUGUUCAUUCUACAUCAAUUCACUUAUAAUGUUCGACUUACGUUUUCUUCAUAAAGUUAUGGAUCAUGACCAUAAUGUCCCCCAACCAUUUGUUCCAUCGUCAAUCCCAUCAACUCAAGUGGCUUACGGAUAUAUCGAAGGUAAACCUCAAUUACAAUCAUUUUCACCUCAUCCAGUUCCUAAACCUCAAGAUAAUGAAGUCUUAUUGAAAGUUGAGGCUGCAGGAUUAUGUAUGAGUGAUCCUCAUGUUCUUAUCAAAGGUCCAAUUGUUAAACCUGGGGUACCAGCUGCUGAAAAAUUCGUUAUGGGUCAUGAAAUUGCGGGAUCAAUCGUGGCUACUGGUAAAGGAUUAACUAAAGAUGCUCGAUUCCCAAUUGGAGGUAGAUUUGCUCUUACUAUUUGUUCAGCAUGUGGGACUUGUGAAUUAUGUCGUACUGGUCAUGAUAAUAUUUGUAUGACGAAUAUUGAAGCUUAUGGAUUAAAUAUUGAUGGAGGAUUUCAACAAUAUCUUUUAAUUAAGAAUUUAAGAACUCUUUUGCCUAUUCCUGAUAAUGUGAGUUAUGCCGUUGCAGCCGUCACAUCUGAUUCUGUUUUAACUCCUUAUCAUGCUAUUCAAAAAGUUAGACAUUUAAUUCAACCUACUUCAAAGGUAUUAGUGGUUGGAUUAGGAGGAUUAGGAUUAAAUGGUGUUCAAAUUUUAAGAAAUUAUGGAUGUAGAAUCAUUGCUACGGAUGUUAAACCUGAAUUGAAAUCAAUUGCGUUGGAGAAUGGAGCUGAUGAAUUUUAUACUGAUUUAACUGAAUCGGAUGAUCAUGAUGUUGAAUCAUUUGAUAUUGUGAUUGAUUUUGUAGGAAUUCAACCUACAUCUGAUCUUUGUCAAGCCUAUGUUAAGAAUCAAGGAACUUAUCUUUCAGUUGGAUUAGGUAGAUCUAAAUUAUUCAUUCAAAAUUAUAAUUUAGCCAGAAGAGAAGUUGAAAUUAUAUUUUCAUUUGGUGGUAGUAGUCAAGAACAAAUUGAAUGUAUGAAUUGGGUUGCGCAAGGGAAAUUAAAUCCUCUUGCUACAACAGUUAAAUUACAAGAAUUACCUGAAUAUUUGAAUAAAUUAGUUGAAGGUAAAGUUAAAGGAAGAAUUGUUUUUGAACCUCAUGCAAAGUUAUAAAGAGUAAGUAAUGUCAUAUAUAGUCAAUAAAAGAAGUAUAUUUAAUUUUUAAAUUAGAUAUAUUGACGUGAUGUGAUUUUCAGUAAUUAAGAGAUCCGUAAAUCGGUUUAUUUUCU